UAAUAUAACACACUGAUUAUUAGUAGCUAACAUCAUCUCAAUGCUUUAAACAUAAACUGUAAAAUCAUUAAGGAAUGAAAGUACUCGUUUUAUUUAUACAUUGACAGAACCCCUUAUUCAUCUCGCCUAUGGGUGCAACACAGACCGAGACAACCCUGAAGUUGGGUAAGCUGGAAAUGGCCCGCCAGAGGCUGCUUCAGCGUUAUGAGCACCAGCCCUUUGUCUCCUGUCUAGCUGGACUCUACGGCUGCCAGUGGAAGCGUAACCAGCUCACACAUGCUCAGCCUGGACACUGCUGCUGCUCGAAGCUGGAGUGUGGCAGUUUUGCUCUGAUCGUUCUGACAUUUUGUCUCAGUCUGGUGUUCCUGUACUUCUGGAAUGAAGCACAGAAUGACUACAAUGACUUUGACUGGUUUAAUUUUGGUAACCUUGGCUUCUGGUUUCCAUGGUCCAUAGUUUUGUUGAUUCUUGCUGUUUUUUUGUUCACUUAUGUUGCUGUUUUGCUGCUGCUGGCAGUUUGUCUUCUCUCAGAAGGCCAGAGGUUAUAUUUACAUCGGUGUCACAAGAUCGGGAUCUCAGUGACUUUGAUUCUCUCCAUCGUGGCCUCAUCUGUUCUCACAGAUUUAUGGAGCAAGGAGUGGAAGACUGUACUUUUAUCUUUUCAGGUAACUGCUCCAUAUCUACACAUAGGUGGUGUAGUUUUAAUGACCCUAUUAUCUUGGCCAAUAGCCAUGCAUGUCUUCCGUAUCAAUAUCAGAGUGAGAUGGAUGGCCAUCACGGUGCUGUACAUAACUGUUCUAGUGACUCUGUUCUUGGUUCCUCUGGGCAUGUACUCCCCCUGCAUUAAAGAGCGGAGGAGUCUGGGAUCAGCUCCUGCUUUAAUUGGACACAGGGGAGCACCAAUGCUUGCCCCUGAAAAUACCUUCAUGUCUUUUGAGAAGGCAUUGGUAGCUGGAGCUGAUGGACUGGAGACAGAUGUAACUAUCAGUUAUGAUGGAGUUCCUUUCCUCAUGCACGAUAAGAACCUACGCAGGACAACUAAUGUAAAAGACGUGUUCCCAAACUGGACACACACCUCCGCUGCCAUGUUUACGUGGAGAGAACUGCAGAGUCUCAAUGCUGGAUCCUGGUUCUUCUCUCAAGACCCCUUUGGGACAGCUUCAUCUCUGAGCCCAGAUGAACAUUUGCAAGCUCAGAAUCAGUCUGUGUGCACACUGAGGGACUUCCUGGAUCUGGCUGCUCAACAUGGAAAACUAGUGAUCUUUGAUCUGUAUCGGCCGCCCAGGGGUCACCCUUAUAGAGAUGCCUGGAUAUCCCGCACUCUAGAUGUCAUCAAAAACGAGUCAUCCAUUCACUCCAGUCAGGUAUUGUGGUUGCCUCCAGAGCUCAGAGAGUUUGUACAAGAAAUCGACUCAGAGUUACAGCAGACAACAGCGGAUCUAGCACCAGUGGAGGACCUUCAGAGCAGACACAUAUCCAGACUCAACAUCCAUUACAGCUCCAUGUCAGAGAAAGAAAUCAGAAAAUACUCUGCUGCUAACAUUAGCACCAACCUGUAUGUGAUCAGCGAGCCGUGGCUAUAUUCUCUUGCCUGGUGCGCAGGGGCUGAUUCUGUUGCCACUAAUGCUGUUCACAUCCUCAAGAACCUGCAAAGACCGCUCUUUCUCAUGACGGCAGAUGAGUACAGGCUUAUGUGGACUCUUACUGACAUCACUUCUCUUAUUCUUGUCGUGAUUAUCUUUGUGUUUCACUGGUGGAGGGAGCGUGAGUUGGCUCUCAGUGUGAACAGCAGUUCAGUAAUUGAGAAUGGGUCCUACAGACAGUUUAGGACAGAUAUGAAUGAUGUGUGGCCUUUAUCCAACAUGAGUGCCGAUGACAAGCAAGAACCAUCUCUUUGAAGUGCCUGAUGAAGUGUUCUGGUUCAUAUUUAACCCCUUAUAUUAAAAAAACUAUAACUGAUGCUCAGUUAAACCAGUAUAAACCAUUGUUUAUGUGUAUUCAUUGAAAUGUGUUUGCUCGAAAAAGACAGGCAGGCUGUCUUCACGUGAUAUGAUGGGAUACAUCCAGUUAACAAAUGCUAAGUUCUAGUGACUGAUCUUGCAUCUCAUUUGAAGUAUGGCUUUUUGCAAGCCCCAGGUUUUAUCAAAGAUAUUUCCACUUCAAGCAUGAAUGGAAAUAUUUGUCAUGUUGAUAAAACAGAUUUUUCCUCCACUGAAAAAUUGGUGGAUCUAUUGGAUUUGUUUCAUCUUAAGAAGUAUUUAAAAUCCAUGUCAUGGUUUUGGCUGAAUUAUUACUCCCAGACAAUAAGAAUCCAAGAGGUCAUAAAUCAUAUUUAUGCUAACGUUUUGUCCUUUUUUAUCUUGUUCUUAUUUAAUAUACAUCUAAUUCAGUAUAUCAUAGUUAAUCCUCACAAGAUCAUUCAGUAUAAUAAUUUUUUGGUUAUUGCAAUACGUUUAACUCAUAUUUGUUUUUCCACAUUAUUUGGAUAAUUUAUCUUCAAAUGUUAAUACUGUUACAAUCUUGUUAUUUUUACUACUUGAAUAAAUCUUGUGUCUGAUAAAAA